AUGAACUCAUUGUCCCCCAUAAACACCUCGGGCGGCAUGUCGGCGGCGUCCUCAACCGGCGGCAGUGUCUCGCCUCGUCAGGCGCCGAGCCCCAAGAACGUCGCAUUUGAGCUGCUGUUCCUCGAAUCGCCUCAAUACCGUGCGCGCCUGCCCAUGCGAGUCCAGAUCUACCCUCAUGACACCACGGACUCGAUUGUCACAACCGUCAAGAACUUUUACGGCUUGUACUCGGGCCCGCCCGGGUCAAAAGGCGUCAGCUUCGAGGACGAGCUUGGCAACACCCUGAUUGCGCGAUAUGAAAAUUUCCGCAACAACAUGGUUGUCUACGUCCGAGUCAUCGAAGAGGCUCCCGGCGCCGCCCUGGAGUCGCAUCGCUAUCGCGGCCUUCACAUGGGCGCCGACUCCUACUACGGCGGCGAUGCCUACGCCCUGCCCCAGCGCUUCGGCCCUGACAUGGCCCGCUCCAAUUCCACAUCACCACGCCGCCGCAGCCCUUCGCCCAACGUGUCGCGGGGACGCAGAAGCGACUCGACCAGCUCCAAUGGCAAAAAGGGUCGCUCUCGCUCCACCAAGAGCCGAGCGCUUCAGGGCCACGCUGAUGCCUACGACGAAAGCAUGAAUGGCUACAGCAGCGGCGACGGCGCCCCGAGCACCACGUCUGCCCGGACCAAGGAGCAGCUCGGAACCACCGACAUCAGUGUCGAGAACAUUGUCGAGGGCGGCCGACGAAAGAGGGCCAAGUUUGAGAGCUCU